AUGAUUUGCUUGCAGCUCCUAUCUCUUCUUACCUAUGGACUUACAGUGCUUCAGGGGGUGAAUGGGUGGACAUACCAUUAUUCAGACACAAACAUGACCUACAGGGAAGCAGAGCUGUGGUGCAGAAAGAAGUAUACCAACCUGGUUGCCAUCCAGAACAAGGAGGAAAUCAAUCACCUCAAUACCUUCUUACCCUUCAAUCCGGGUUACUACUGGAUUGGAAUCAGAAAAAUUAAUGGUGUGUGGACCUGGACUGGAACUAACAAAGAACUGACAGAAGAAGCAAGAAACUGGGCUUCAGGGGAGCCAAAUGGCAAAGGGAACAACGAGGACUGCGUGGAGAUCUACAUCAAAAGAGGGAGGGAUGAUGGCAAAUGGAAUGAUGAGCAGUGUGAGAAGAAGAAGGUUGCCUUGUGCUACACAGCUUCUUGCAACCCAUCUCUCUGCAGUGGCCAUGGAGAAUGCAUAGAGACCAUCAACAACCACACCUGCCAUUGCAACCCUGGCUUCUAUGGGCCUGAAUGCGAGUUUGUUGAGAGUUGUGAUCCACUGGAGAAACCUGACCAUGGGAGCCUUGAGUGCCACCAUCCAUUGGGGGAUUUCAGCUACAACUCGUCCUGCACAGUUCAGUGUGAGGAGGGCUAUGAGCUGACUGCACUGGAGUCUGUGCACUGUACCUCUGCUGGGCUCUGGUCUGCCCCCCUUGCAGCGUGCAAAGCUGUGACCUGUCCUGCCCUGGACGUGCCUGCCCACGGGGCUGUGAACUGCUCCCACCCCUCAGAGCAGCUCACCUGGGGAAGCACCUGUGAGUUCAGCUGUGAGCAAGGAUUUACCCUGACAGGAGCAGCUACCCUGCAGUGUGGCUCUGCAGGGGCCUGGGACAGGCAGCAGCCACAGUGUGCAGCUGUGACCUGUCCUGCCCUGGACGUGCCUGCCCACGGGGCUGUGAACUGCUCCCACCCCUCAGAGCAGCUCACCUGGGGAAGCACCUGUGAGUUCAGCUGUGAGCAAGGAUUUACCCUGACAGGAGCAGCUACCCUGCAGUGUGGCUCUGCAGGGGCCUGGGACAGGCAGCAGCCACAGUGUGCAGCUGUGACCUGUCCUGCCCUGGACGUGCCUGCCCACGGGGCUGUGAACUGCUCCCACCCCUCAGAGCAGCUCACCUGGGGAAGCACCUGUGAGUUCAGCUGUGAGCAAGGAUUUACCCUGACAGGAGCAGCUACCUUGCAGUGUGGCUCUGCAGGGGCCUGGGACAGGCAGCAGCCACAGUGUGCAGCUGUGACCUGUCCUGCCCUGGACGUGCCUGCCCACGGGGCUGUGAACUGCUCCCACCCCUCAGAGCAGCUCACCUGGGGAAGCACCUGUGAGUUCAGCUGUGAGCAAGGAUUUACCCUGACAGGAGCAGCUACCCUGCAGUGUGGCUCUGCAGGGGCCUGGGACAGGCAGCAGCCACAGUGUGCAGUCAUCCAGUGUGAAGCACUGAGCUCUCCUGAGAAAGGCUCCAUGGACUGCUCCCACGGGGCUGGGAUGUUCACCUACAACACCUCCUGCCACUUCAGCUGCCUGGAAGGAUGGAGUCUCAAUGGCUCUCGUGUUCUGGAGUGCAGCCCCUCAGGAAACUGGAGUGCCAGCCUGCCCACAUGUGAAGCUUCUGACCAAGCCAGCUACAUCUCUGUGGGCAUAGCAGCCACCUCUGCCUCUCUGCUGUCCACAGCAUCAUUCCUCCUUUGGCUCGCAAGGCGCUUCCGGAGAAAAGCAAAGAAGUUUAUUCCUUUCAGGGACUGGCAGGAAACAGCCAGUGAGGGUAGCUUCCAAAGUGCUGGCGAGAAUGUCUAA